UUGAGAAAGAGUUUCGCCUCUUAGAAAUGAUUCACCAUUUCACUGGAGGAGGGAUUUUGAAUUCCAAACUCAGUUUCUCUAAUUAUUGAAGGUUCUCUCUAUUUCUCUAGUAACUGUUCAUCUCUUUCUCCGAUUAAGAAUCAAUUUAACCAGUUUCCAAGGACUCAAGUUGGGAGUUUUUGAUCGAUAAAUUUCAAAGCAAUGAACCCAAGUGGCUAUACAGUAGAGGUUACCAGUCUUUCUCCUAGUGCUACAGAAAAAGAUGUUUAUGAUUUCUUUGCUUUUUCUGGCACCAUUGAACAUGUCGAAAUAAUAAGAUAUGGUGAAUAUGCUUGCACUGCUUAUGUAACAUUCAAGGAUGCCCAUGCCCUGGAAACUGCUGUAUUGCUCAGUGGAGCUGUGAUUGGGGACCAACGUGUCUGCAUAACUCGCUGGGGGCAGAGUGGAGAUGAAUCUGAUUUCUGGAAUAGGCCAUCAUGGAAGAUUGAAGAAGAAGAUGGCGGAUCAACAAGUACCCAUAGAGAUGCCCAGUAUGUUCCUACUACUGGGGAAGCAGUAAUGAUGGCUCAGGAUGUAGUUAGAACCAUGUUGUCUAAGGGAUAUGUACUGGGAAGAGAAGCAUUGAGCAAGGCCAAAGAAAUUGAUGAAUCUCAUCAAGUCUCAGCUACUGCAGCAGCCAAAGUUGCUGAAAUGAGCAACAAAUUUGGCCUGACUGAUAAAAUAUCUGUGGGAUUGGAGACCGUUAAAUCUGUUGACAAUAGAUGCGGAGUAUCGGAGACCACAAAGUCAGCCUUCUCUGCAGCGGGAAGAACAGCAGCAGCAGCAGCCACCACUGUUGUCAACAGCAGCUACUUUUCAUGGGGAGCGCUGUGUGUUUCUGAUGCUCUUGCUAAAGCAGCCAAAGCCGCAGCUGAUUUAGGUAAUCAGGCCAGUGGAAAGUGAAAGAAUUUAGAUAAUUUGGGCCAGGUAUAACUUGUGUGUUUCAAUGUUGCAAUAUUUUAAAUAGUUCGAUACGUACUCGUAUAAGCAGUUCUGCUAUUAUUAGAUGUAUAUAUUGAUGCUAUGUUUGUGUAGUAAACCUAUUUGGGGUGCUGAAAACAUUGCACCUUCUCACAGUUAAUGCUUCAUACAAAUAUAUAUAAGAAUGACACUGUUAUUAAGAAA